AAAAAGUUUGAGGUGGACACACAAGUAAAAGUUUGGAGAGUCGGAGUGAGGGGGUAAAAUCCAGAGAGAGAAGAUGAGCGACACAGAGGAAUCUGAGCAACCUCAGCCCGAGAGAAAAGUUAUCGCGACAGGUGUGCAGGGAACUGUGAAAUGGUUCAAUGUGCGCAAUGGAUAUGGCUUCAUCAAUAGAAAUGAUACUAAAGAGGAUGUGUUUGUUCAUCAGACUGCAAUAAAAAAGAAUAACCCAAGAAAGUUCCUCAGAAGUGUGGGGGAUGGUGAGGUUGUGGAGUUUGAUGUUGUCGAAGCAGCUAAAGGCUCAGAGGCAGCAAAUGUGACUGGUCCAGGGGGUAUACCUGUCAAAGGCAGUCGAUACGCCCCCAAUAAACGAAGAUUCCGUAGGCGCUUUUACCCCCGUAAUGCACAGCCUGCUGAAGGAGAGGAGAAAGCUGCACCAGGGCCCAUAUCUGAGGGAGAGGGCAGUGAAGAGAAAGGAGCCCCUCUGCCACGUCCUCGGCGCCAGCGUCCACGCAGAAGACCUGUUCAGCCACAAGGCGAGGGAGAAGCAGGAGAGAAGAACACGGAAGUAGAUGUUGCCCAGCAGAGGCCACCACCACGCAGGUUCAGACCUCGAUUUCGAAGGCCAUUGCGUCCUCAUCCACACCCUGGAGAGGCUCAACAGACAGUAGUCCCCACAGAAGAGCAAGAAUCGACCCCUAAAGAGAGCCAGACCAAUAGGGAGCAGACUGAAGGGCAGCCCCGGAAAUCCCGCAGACAGUUUAGUCGGCGCAGACAGAGGAAAUCGGAAUCUGGUGCCUCUAAAGAUGGAGAUGAACCUGAAAAACCUGAGUCCCCGGCUCAGGACUCCAAGCCUGCUAACGUCAAAUCCUCUUCUGAAGCUUCCCCAAAACAAUCCCUUAAAACUGAUUCACCUCCCCCCUCAGCUUCCAAUCCCUUAGAAUGAUUUCUGUGACUUGGAAGGAAUCAUGUGACCCCACCCCCCCGGCGAGAGGUGAGACUUCCUGAGCUAAAGUGAUGUGUUUUGAAGGUGGUAAAUAGUUUUGGCCUUCAAACUACAACUGCUGCUGAAAUGCAUAAGAUGUUGUCAGCUUGACCACACACUAAACUAACUUCUGAAAGGCUUAAUUUUGGAUUUUGCACCCACAAAUGAAAAUUUGCUGUUAAUUUUCAUCUUCAGGUCAUCCAAGAUCUAACUUCAGUAGAACAUUAAAGAUUUUUAGCUGAAACUAUGGUCAUU